AUGGGUCAGUCCAGAACCUGGCACCUGGCUGGCCUCUCAACUAAUGGCAUCUAUUACAACCUCAGUAGCUCCCCCUUCCGAGGAGAACGCCAGCGAGCCCAUUACUCACCCACCACCUUCCAGCAGGACCGCCAGCUCACCUCGCCCCUCCUGAGUCACGGCUUGAAGGGAACAGGGCUGCUGCUAUGGAACAGUGAAGCGGGCCGAUCUACUUUGCUCCUGAAAACACAGGUUGCCUUUGCUGGCCCAGCGUCUGUGUUGGUGGAGUGGCGCCUGAUGGACAUCUUGCGUUGCCGUGGAAAGAGGGGCUAUGAGGCCUUCCUGGAGGCCCUGGAGUUCUACUACCCGGAACACUACACUCUACUAACUGGCCAGGAACCUGCCCAGCGCUGCUCCAUGAUCCUCGAUGAAGAGGGGCCAGAGGGUCUGACGCAGUUCCUGAUGACGGAGGUGCGUCGGCUGCGGGAAGCUCGCAAGAGCCAGCUGCAACGGGAGCAGCAGCUGCAGGCCCGGGGCCGGGUGCUUGAGGAGGAGCGGGCAGGGCUGGAGCAGAGGCUUCGGGAGCAGCAGCAGGCACAGGAGCGCUGCCAGCGGCUGCGGGAGGACUGGGAGGCGGGCAGCCUGGAGCUGCUCCGGCUCAAGGAUGAGAACUACAUGAUCGCCAUGCGCCUGGCUCAGCUCAGCGAGGAGAAGAACUCUGCUGUGCUGCGCAGCCGUGACCUGCAGCUGGCCGUGGAUCAGCUCAAGCUCAAGGUCAGCCGGCUGGAGGAGGAGUGCACGCUGCUGCGCAGGGCCCGGGGGCAGCUGCCCGGGGCUGAGGAGAAGGAGAAGGAGCUGGACAGUGUGGACCUGGUCUCCGAGCUGCGGGCUGAGAAUCAGCGGCUGACCGCGUCAUUGCAGGAGCUGCAGGAGGGCCUGCAGCAGGAGGCGAGCCGACCAGGGGCACCAGGCUCCGAGCGCAUCCUCCUGGACAUCCUGGAGCAUGACUGGCGGGAGGCACAGGACAGCAGGCAGGAGCUGUGCCAGAAGCUGCAUGCCGUGCAGGGGGAGCUGCAGUGGGCUGAGGAGCUGCGGGACAAGUACCUGCAGGAGAUGGAGGACCUGCGUCUCAAGCACCGCACGCUGCAGAAGGACUGUGACCUGUACAAGCACCGCAUGGCCACUGUCCUGGCCCAGCUGGAGGAGAUCGAGAAGGAGCGGGACCAGGCCAUCCAGAGCCGCGACCGCAUCCAGCUGCAGUACUCACAGAGCCUCAUCGAGAAGGAUCAGUACCGCAAGCAGGUGCGUGGGCUGGAGGCUGAGCGGGAUGAGCUGCUGACCACGCUCACAAGCCUGGAGGGCACCAAGGCGCUGCUGGAGGCCCAGCUGCAGCGCAGCCAGGGCGGCUCUUGCCUCAAGACCUGUGCCUCCUCCUAUUCUCUGUGCUCCAACUUCAGCAGCACCUGGAGUCUGGGUGAGUUCUCCCCGCUGGGAGGCCCGGAAGCAGCUGGGGAAGUGGCGGCCGCUGGAGGAUCUGAGCCUCACACCUCGGAGGAGGCCACCAAUAGUGAGAAGGAGAUCAAUCGCCUGUCCAUCCUGCCCUUUCCCCCCAGCGCUGGUUCCAUCCUCCGCCGGCAGCGUGAGGAGGACCCCGAGCCCCCUAAGAGGUCCUUCAGCAGCAUGUCCGACAUCACAGGGAGUGUGACACUCAAGCCCUGGUCUCCCGGCCUCUCUUCAUCGUCCUCCUCCGACAGUGUGUGGCCUUUGGGAAAGCCAGAGGGCCUCCUGGGCCAGGGCUGUGGCCUGGGUCUCCUCAACAGGUCUCUGGCCAUCCGAAUGUCUGGCUGGAGCUCCCCAGGGGGCCCAGAGUCCCUGGACAAGGGUCCAGAUAGCCUACCCUUUCGUGGGGACAGAUGGUCUGGGGCAGUGGUGCGGAGGGUGCUGUCUGGCCCUGGGUCUGCCAGGACCGAACCAAGAGAGCCCAGGGCAGAAGGUGCUGGCCCGGAGGGGAUGGGCCUGGAGGCCCAGCAGAGAUCCUUGGUGUCCACACUCCCCUCACGGCUGGACUUGAAGGCCUGCCAGUCCUUCCAUGAGGCCCUCGAUGCCUGGGCAAAGGGGCAGGGGGCCGAGCCCUUCUACAUUCGAGCCAACCUCACCCUGCCCGAGCGGGCGGAUCCUCAUGCCCUGUGUGUGAAAGCCCAGGAGAUCCUGCGGCUGGUGGACCCAGCUUACAAGCGGCGGCAGGAGUGGUUCUGCACCCGGGUCGACCUCCUCACACUUCGGGACCUGGACCGGGGCACAGUGCCCAAUUAUCAGAGAGCCCAGCAGCUCCUAGAAGUCCAGGAAAAAUGCCUGUCCUCUAGCCGGCACCGGAGCCCCCGAAGUAAUCUAAAGAAGCGGGCCCUGGGGCUGGUGAGGCCCAAGCCUGUGGGGGGCGCUUCAGGGGACCCCCCGGAACAGCUGCUGCCAGAGCCCUGCUCAGAGCCAGAGCAGAGCCUCAAGCCCUACAGCCUGGUGCGGCCACUGCUGGUGUCUGCUCUGCGGCCCGUGGUGCUACUGCCUGAGAGCCUGGCACCCCGGCUCAUCCGCAACCUGCUGGACCUGCCCAGCUCCCGGCUGGACUUCCAAGUGUGCCCAGCAGAGAGCCUCUCUGGGGAGGAACAGUACCCACCCUCAGCACCUGGAGCCCCCAAGGCCCGUCCAGCCACCCCUGGGCUGGGCAACAGGAUCCGGGCCAUCCAGGAGUCGGUUGGGAAGAAACACUGCCUGUUGGAGCUGGGAGCACGGGGCAUUCGGGAGCUUGUGCAGAGCGAUGUCUACCCCAUCGUCAUCCACGUGGAGGUGACCGAGAAGAAUGUCCGCGAGGUCAGGGGCCUCCUGGGCCGGCCAGGCGGGCGAGACUCAGAGCUGCUGCGGCAGUGCCGCAGUGUGGAGCAGGCACUCUGGGGGCUGCCCUGCUCCUGGGUGCAGGUGCCUGCGCAUGCGUGGGGCCACGCAGAGGAGCUGGCCAAGGUGGUGCGUGGCCGCAUUCUGCAGGAGCAGGCUCGCCUCGUGUGGGUGGAGCGGGGUAGCAGUGGAGGAAGUGGUGGCAGCAGUGAGGCCUGAGGACCCCUCUGAGGCCUGGCUUCCUGCAUCCAAGGAUAGGCUUCGUGCAUCUGAGGCCCGGCUUCCUCCCUUGCUUCAGAAGCUGCCAGCCAGCAGGACCCUGUGUCUGUGGCCAGUUGGACCCUUUCAUCUGGAGCCUUCCUUGAACUUUGGACUCUCCAACAUGGGACCCUUGGCACUGGGCUCUCACCUGUCUGUCAUUUGUACCCUGUUGAGAGGCUGCAGGAGCCCAUGGGCCAGGACUUGCCCCUGGACUCGCUCCCGUGAGCCUUCCUGUCUGUCACCCUGUGUCCCCACAUUCCCACUCGUGGGUCUCACUGUGUAUGUCUGUGUCCCCUCCUUGAACACUUACCUUGGAGUCUGAGUUCUCACACCUGUGCACAGGUUUGCACACUCAAGUUCUCACAGGACAGCCUAUGGUUGUCCCUGCCCCUGGGUGCAUGGGGUCUUCCUCGGACCUCAGCUUGAAGGAGCCCUGAGUCUGGCACCUUGUGACCCCCACCCACCCAGCUCACACGUCUCGUGUACACUGCCACGCGUGGCCAUUGUGGCUGCCUCUGUGGUCACUGUAUCCCUUGAGCCUCCUAGUGUGUGUGUGUGUCUGUGGGUCUCCUGUGUAGAUGUCACGCCCACCCCCUGACACUUGGGCACUACCAGGUGUGUGUUCCCAGCGAGCACACCCAGGACCAUGUUCUCACAGCCACCCUGCCCUGCACCUGAGGGCCUGGUGGGGUGGCUGCUCCACCCCGAAUGUACGCCCUGUGAUUGCUGACAGACCUUUCACUCAGAAGCUGCACAGUCUGGAACAUUAAACACGUUGUCUUA